GAUUCUGGUGGGAUCUUUUGCCCUGAUUCCCACCACCAAUCACGCCCCCCGCCGGCGUCGUCACCGCCCACAAACCCAUCACCGGCCGGCGAGGGCCCUAGCCAUUUCGCUAGUGGCGGCAGUUGGCGAUCGACGUACGUUUACCUCCUGACGCCAUUGCCCAUCCAUCAUCAUCCACCCUAUUUUAUAUCUUUUGCUUUGUUUUUGACCGCGGGAGGGGGGAGGGAGACGCCGCGUCGUCCCUCUCUCUCUCUCUCUUCGUUUCCGCGCGCGCGCGCGAGAUCCAGGGUAUAUAUAUGUACUAGUAGUUGUCGCUGUUGCUUCGCGCACUCCUCCCAUCUAUCAAGUGCGGGCACGACUGGCGAUAGAUAGAUCCAUGGGGUGGGCGGUCGCGCUGCACGGCGGCGCCGGGGACAUCCCGCGCUCGCUGCCGCCCGACCGCAGGGAGCCCCGCCUCGCCACGCUCCGCCGCUGCCUCGACCUCGCCACCGCCGCGCUCCGUUCCGGCCGCGCUGCCCUCGACGUCGUCGAGCUCGUCGUGAGGGAGCUGGAGAACUGCCCGCACUACAACGCCGGCGUGGGCUCCGUGCUCACCGCCGACGGCACCGUCGAGAUGGAGGCCGCCGUCAUGGACGGCAACACCUUGCGCUGCGGCGCCGUCUCCGGACUCUCCACCGUCGUCAACGCCGUCUCCCUCGCCAGGCUCGUCAUGGAGAAGACGCCGCACAUCUACCUCGCCUUCGAUGGCGCCGAGGCCUUCGCCAGGGAGCAGGGAGUGGAGACUAAAGAUCCAAGCCACUUUAUUACGGAGGCAAACAAAGAGAGGCUCAGACAAGCAAAAGAAGCCAACAGGGUGCAGGUGGAUUACACCCAACCAAUUCCCAAGGACGACAACAGCCGGGUCGGCACGGUGGGCUGCGUGGCCAUCGACUCCGCCGGCAACCUCGCGACGGCGACGUCCACCGGCGGGCUGGUGAACAAGAUGGCCGGCAGGAUCGGCGACACGCCGGUGAUCGGCGCCGGGACGUACGCCAACGCGCUGUGCGCCGUGUCGGCCACGGGCGUGGGCGAGGCCAUCAUCCGGCACACGGUGGCGCGCGACGUCGCGGCCCUGCUGGAGCACGCCCCGCCGGCCGGCCUCUCCCUGGGGGACGCCGCCGCGCGCGUCGUGGCCGGCGUGCCGCCGGGCAAGGUCGGGCUGGUGGCCGUGUCGGCCGCCGGCGAGGUGGCCAUGGCGUACAACACCACCGGCAUGUUCAGGGCGUGCGCCACGGAGGGCGGCCGCCACGAGGUGGCCAUCUGGCCUGACGACGCUGAUGGUGCUAAUUGAUCUUCGUUCAGCAAUCUUCAUUGGACGAUUUGAAGCAAAGAAGCUAUAUUUCCAUUGUGUGCUGCUAGUAGUAAUUUGUAUGAUGUUUCGGUUUGAUUUGGUUUUAGGACAUUAUAUACAAUGGCUUUUGGCUUGGUGUGUCAGACAAUCAGCUCAAUUUAUAUCCAAAUUCAAUUAAGUUAACAAUGAGAUCAUUUUUUGUUUCCA